UCCCUAGGCUGGAAAGCCACAAAACGAAACGUAAGUGAAUUUGAUUUCAUGGGAAAAAAAACAAGGGCAAAGACGUGAAUUGAGGAAAGGAGGGGCAGAUUUGUAAUUUGGGUGUCCGUCAACUUCUGUCCUAGUGGCAAACACCAGGCUGUUCACAGCUGUCAUCCAUAUCUCCAACCCCACGGCUUAGGUUAGCAAACCAAACCACAGGCGCUCAACUCAGCGGCUACUGUACCAUGUCGUUAAGUGUGUGUGCCACUGCGCACUGCUCUUCCUCCUCUGCCGCCAUUCCCCUCCUCUAAUCCCACCCUCCAUUCCUUCAUGGAUCCCUGCCCUUUCGUCAGGCUCUCGGUCGGGAACUUGGCGCUCAAGUUCCCCAUCGCCGCCAAGCCUGCUCGCGCUGCCGUCCACCCCUCGUCUUCGCCCUGUUUCUGCACAAUCAAGCUCAAUAACUUCCCCAUUCAGAGCGCCGUCGUCUCCUACAUUCCGCCGGAGAACACCAGCUUCCCCGACGCCAGCUCCCCGCCUCCGGCGGCCACGUUCCACCUCACCAAACCCGAUCUCGACAGGCUCACCGGCAAAUCCUCUCUCUUCUCCACCUCCAAGAGGCCGCAGCUCAAAAUUUCGGUCUACUCCGGCCGCCGCGGCGCUACCUGCGGAGUCAGCUCCGGGCGGUUGCUGGGGAAAAUUUCCGUGCCGCUGGAUUUGGUGGCGGCGGAAUCGAGGGCGGCGGUCUUCCACAAUGGGUGGAUUAGUAUGGGCAAGGAGACAAAGAAGGCAGCACAGUUUCACCUGAACGUGCGGGCCGAGCCCGACCCGAGAUUCGUGUUCCAGUUCGACGGAUCGCCCGAAUGCAGCCCGCAGGUUUUCCAAAUUCGUGGGAAUAUUCGGCAGCCCGUUUUCACUUGCAAGUUCAGUUUACGCGCAGCUGACCGCAAUCAACGCUCCAGGUCAUUGCCAUUGGAGGCUAGCUGUAGUGGUGCAAGAGGUUGGUUGAGUUCUUUCGGCAGCGAAAGAGAAAGGCCUGGUAAAGAAAGAAAAGGAUGGUCCAUCACCAUCCACGAUCUCUCUGGUUCACCGGUUGCUGUCGCCUCCAUGGUGACCCCGUUUGUUGCCUCACCCGGUUCAGACCGGGUGAGCCGCUCCAACCCCGGCUGCUGGCUCAUCUUGCGCCCGGGGGAUGGGACAUGGAAGCCGUGGGGCCGCCUCGAGGCAUGGCGUGAACGCGGCUCAGCCGAUGGCCUCGGUUACCGGUUUGAGCUGAUUCCUGACUCGGCCGCAGCAGCCGGCAUUGUGCUAGCUGAGUCCAACCUCAGCUGCAGCAAGGGUGGGAAAUUCGUGAUAGAUUUGAACGGCAAUGGCGUUGGGUCCAAUGCCUCGACUCCGAGAAGCACCGCCACGUCUCCCGGCUGCAGCCCCCGGAGCAGUGGCGAUUUCGGUUAUGGGCUAUGGCCUUAUUGUAUGUACCGAGGGUUUGUGAUGUCGGCCACCGUGGAAGGGGAGGGGGGCAGUGGGAAGGCAGGGGCGCCUCCGCUGGUGGAGGUGGGCGUGCAGCAAGUGAACUGCACGGAGGAUGCGGCGGCGUUUGUGGCGCUGUCAGCGGCGCUGGAUUUGAGCAUGGAUGCUUGCAGGCUUUUCUCUCAUAAGCUGCGCAAGGAGCUGUGCCCUCCGCCGCCGCAAGAUAUACUGUUUUGACUGCAAAUGAAACCCUUCGUUUCAGGGCAAUUUGUUUCUGAGUGUGGUUGCAAGUUUUAGGACUAACCAAGAAGAGUAGGAGAAAUGUACAGAAGAGAAGGGAAGGAAGGCCCGCUGUGUUUUUUAUUUAGUGUGAGGCUUUUUCAUUUUUUCACCAUUCUUGUUAGUCACCUUUUUUUGGCUCCUUGAAAUUUGUAUGAUUGACUCAUCAUACUAUGUUUUCUUAGUUAGAUUUAUGAUAUUCUUCUUUGUUGAA